GUGCUUUUGGUUCCUUUCACAGCAGUAUAAGGUGUGCCACUGUGUCCUGUCUUACCUAAGACAUGGCACGUCUGGCCCUCCCUGUCUUCCUCGUUCUUUGCUUCUCCUUGCUCCACUUCAGCUUCAGUCGCCCAUCUCGCACCAGGAAGGCUGUGUCAGCUAGACAGUCUGGAGAUGCAGCUCCAGAGGAAGAUGAUGUGAAGUCCCAGCUUGAGAGGUUGUGGCAGGAGGUGAAUUCACUGAAAGAGAUGCAGGCGCUGCAGACAGUCUGUCUUCGUGGCAUCAAAGCUCACAGGAAGUGUUAUCUUACAAUUGAGGAACCCAAACAUUACCAUGAAGCCAAUGAAGACUGCAUUGCACAAGGAGGAACUCUUGCCACGCCACGGGACAUGAUGGAGAACAAUGAACUGAGAGACUAUGCAAAGAGGAGCGCUCCAGGAUCCAAGGACUUCUGGAUCGGUGUGGCAGACAUAGUGAAAGAAGGCCAGUAUGUAGAUGUCAACAGCCUGCCAGUCAGCUUUUUCAACUGGGACCGCUCCAAGAAGCAGCCCACAGGAACGAAGAGGGAGAGCUGUGUUGCCCUUUCAGUGGUUGCACAGGGAAAGUGGUACGAUGAGGUGUGUCGCAGCAUGAAAAAGUACAUCUGUGAAUAUGUCAUUCCUUAAAGGGAAUGUUGUUGUUGACAACUUGAUGAUCAUUCAUGCGGGUUUUUGAUUAAAAUUGUCCAAAACUGUGUUGUCAAAUCUGUGUCAACUCAUGGUGGAAGCAUGACUUGUAACUGGUCAUGUACUGUAAAAUGUCUUUUAAUAAAAUUUGUCUCUAUGCAUUAAUUAGGUUGCAAAUUAGCUUUAAUACUACAAAGUAGUAACCGGCUAUGUCACUUUAUUUUUAUUUUGAGUCCAAAAGCCUCUGGUGAUGACCGAAGAGCAUGGAAAGUAAGAAAUUCUGGAUGAAGUUACACAGAAAUAAAAAAUCUAAACCGUU